CAGGUUUUCAAGCAAGUGCUGCUUUGCCGCUUAGUUGUGAGGACCCCAGGAGCCACCCACCCAGCUGGGCUGGGGACCAGACUGGUGGCGGGCUGCCCAUGCAUCUGCUGCACCUGGCCAUCCCGGGGUUCCAGGCCUGAAUCCGCAGGCCUGCGCCCAGCAGAGGUGGUGCCCUCCCGCCAGGCAGCCCCUCCCUGUGCUGAGGGCGCUAGACCAGACACCACCCAGCGCGCUUUUCUGACAGAUGGCUUUUCUGUUGUCAGUUUCUCGCUUGUCAGCAGAGCUGCUGCUCCCAAACACUUCAGCUGUCAGCCCAAUCGCUUCUGGGGCUUUAAAGAAAGAAGAAGAAGAAGAAGAAGAAGAAGAAGAAGAAGAAAGAAAUGAAAGAAGAAGAGAAUCCAAAUGAAGCCAAGGUGCUUUGUCUUUGAGUAGGAGCAGUCUUUACCCCAAACCGUGGCAGCUUCCUGCUGCUUCCUCCAGGGAGCACCUGGGAAGGAGCUGCCCUUGAUGUGAGUGCGUUUUAAGUCCCGAUUUGGGGGGGUGCCCGAGGGGAGCGCAAAGGCACGCCCGCUCUUGGCUGGGGCUGGAGGGCCCGGGAGAGGAGAGGAGGUGGAGGAGAUAACACAGACUCUGAACCCCGCUCUCAGCGCUGCCCCGCAGCUAUGGAGUCACCGACCAAGGAGAUUGAAGAAUUUGAGAGCAACUCUCUGAAGUACCUGCAGCCCGAACAGAUCGAGAAGAUCUGGCUUCGCCUCCGAGGACUGAGGAAAUACAAGAAAACAUCACAGAGGUUACGGUCUUUGGUCAAACAGUUAGAGAGAGGGGAGGCUUCGGUGGCUGAUCUUAAGAAGAAUCUGGAGUAUGCAGCCACAGUGCUGGAGUCUGUGUACAUCGAUGAGACCAGGAGACUCCUGGAUACAGAGGAUGAACUCAGCGACAUACAGUCGGACGCAGUGCCUUCUGAGGUCCGGGACUGGCUGGCCUCCACCUUCACGCGGCAGAUGGGAAUGGUGCUCAGGAGGAGCGAGGAGAAGCCCAGGUUCAAGACCAUCGUCCAUGCUGUGCAGGCUGGGAUAUUCGUCGAGAGGAUGUAUAGACGGACAUCGAACAUGGUUGGACUGAGCUACCCCCCAGCUGUGAUCGAAGCACUAAAGGAUGUGGACAAGUGGUCCUUUGAUGUCUUUUCCCUCAAUGAAGCCAGUGGGGAUCAUGCACUGAAAUUCAUUUUCUACGAACUACUCACACGCUACGAUCUGAUCAGCCGUUUCAAGAUUCCCAUAUCUGCACUCGUCUCGUUUGUGGAAGCCCUGGAAGUAGGCUACAGCAAGCAUAAAAAUCCUUACCACAACUUGAUGCAUGCCGCUGACGUCACCCAGACCGUGCAUUAUCUGCUCUAUAAGACGGGAGUGGCAAAUUGGCUGACGGAGCUGGAGAUCUUCGCUAUCAUCUUCUCAGCGGCCAUCCAUGACUAUGAGCACACCGGAACCACCAACAAUUUCCACAUUCAGACUCGGUCUGAUCCAGCUAUUCUGUACAAUGACCGGUCUGUACUGGAAAAUCACCACUUAAGCGCAACUUACCGCCUUCUGCAAGAGGAUGAAGAAAUGAAUAUUUUGAUCAACCUGUCAAAGGAUGAUUGGAGGGAGUUUCGCACCUUGGUCAUUGAGAUGGUAAUGGCCACAGAUAUGUCCUGUCAUUUCCAACAAAUAAAAGCAAUGAAAACGGCCCUGCAGCAGCCAGAAGCAAUUGAGAAGCCGAAAGCUCUAUCCCUGGUGCUGCACACGGCUGACAUCAGCCACCCAGCAAAAGCCUGGGACCUGCACCAUCGCUGGACCAUGUCCCUCCUGGAGGAGUUCUUCAGACAGGGUGACAGAGAAGCAGAGCUGGGGCUGCCUUUCUCUCCUCUGUGUGACCGAAAGUCAACCAUGGUUGCCCAGUCUCAAGUAGGUUUCAUUGACUUCAUCGUGGAGCCCACGUUCACUGUGCUCACAGACAUGACCGAGAAGAUCGUGAGCCCACUUGUUGACGAGUCCUCCCAAGCUGGCGGGACUGGUCAGAGGCGUUCAAGCCUCAGCAGUAUCAACUCCGGAGAAGUGAAGCGAGCAGGGGUCAGGAGCGCAGGCUCAGAAGGAAGCGCCCCCAUCAGCAACGCUGUCGUUCCCGUUGACUACAAGAGCUUCAAAAGCACGUGGACUGAGGUGGUGCACAUCAACCGGGAAAGAUGGCGGGCCAAGGUCCCCACAGAAGAGAAAGCCAAGAAGGAAGCAGAGGAAAAGGCUCGCUUGGCUGCAGAGGAGAAACAGAAAGAAACGGAAGCCCAAAGUCAGACUGAAGAAGGCACAUCUGGCAGAGCUGAGAAAAAAGCAUCAGGAGAAGCCAAGAGUCAAGUCAACGGAACACGCACAAACAAGAGUGACAACCCUCUUGGGAAGAAUCCCAAAGCUGAGAAGUCCUCAGGAGAAAAACAGCAGAAAGGUGACUUGAAAGAUGGCAAAAAUAAGACAGACAAGAAAGAUGCAUCCAACGUCGGAAAUGAUUCAAAGAAAACAGAUGGCACUAAGAAGCAUUCUCACAGCUCACCUGCCCCAAGCACUAGCUCCACAAGUCGAGUCACCUUGCCAGUCAUCAAGCCUCCUCUACGCCAUUUCAAACGUCCUGCUUACGCAUCUAGCUCCUAUGCACCCUCCAUCCCCAAGAAAACGGAUGAGCAUCCCGCACGGUACAAGAUGCUGGAUCAGAGGCUCAAAAUGAAAAAGAUCCAGAAUAUCUCACACCACUGGAACAGGAAAUAGGUCAAGGGGAAGGGGUGGGGUGGGGAGGAGGGAGAGGCCUGCCCGUCUGCCUCUCAAUACUCAAGGGCCACUGUGAGCGUCCCUCUAACAGUUUGGGGUCAGUGCUGUCAUUGUUGAUGCAGCCGAAGAAAAGUGAAGGCUUUAUGUGGUCGCCCCCCUUCCUUUAUGUUAUAUACUUAACAGCUAUUGGACUUGGAGGUCAACACACAUUCCAAGACCAACCCAGUUAGAGGCUUAUGUCUUUGCUGAUACAAAUUUUUCUAAAAUCUAAAUUGGAUGGCAAUUUAAAUGAUUCAAGUUUAGGGAAAAAAAAAAAACAUUUCUUCCCAUUGUCAAAUUGUCCACCCUUAGAAGUUGACUUGCUCCAGUAAGAAUCUUCAUUAAAGUUUAGAGAAGUGUUUUAAGAAAUGCAUCUUGGGAGUCAGGCGGUAGUGCAGUGGGUUAAGCUUAGGUGACGCAAAGCACAAGGACCAGCAUAAGGAUCCCGGUUUGAGCCCCCGGCUCCCCACCUGCAGGGGAGUCGCUUCACAGGCGGUGAAGCCGGUCUGCAGGUGUCUGUCUUUCUCUCUCCCUCUCUGUCUUCCCCUCCUCUCUCCAUUUCCCUCUGUCCUAUCCAACAACAGCAUCAUCAGUAACAACAAUAAUAACUACAACAACAAUAAAAAAACAACCAGGGCAACAAAAAGGAGUAAGUAAAUAAAUAUUUUAAAAAGAAAUGCAUCUCGAAACAUUAAGUCUUAAAUACAGAGUUUGCGAUUUGAGCAGAGAUGUACUUUUGAAGUAAAUGAAUUCAAAGGGAAAGUUGUGCUUUUACGUUUAGGAAACAUAAGACUAAAAAUUGCAUCCAAAGAUACAUUUGAGCACAGGCGUCACAAAGCAGAAGAACAAGCACCUUUAUUUGGGUGCCUUUGGGUACUCGAGCUCAGCUGCUUCUCUGGACCCUUAAGCCUGGGAGAGACUCCAGCAGGUGAAUUUGGACCCUUUUUUCUCUGAUCUCUCACCUCCAUACAUCUUGGACAACACCAGAAGGGGUAGCAGUGCCUCAGAGACUCCAGGUUUGAGUUUCAACCUAAGAGACUUCCAUUUGACUUUGUAGUCCUCAAGCAAGAUGAUUUAAAACCCUGAGCCUAAUAUGAAUUCUUUAUUGGAAUAUUUUUCUCCACAAGGUUUGAGAUUUCUUUUUAAGUCAAGCCUAGAUCACCUUCCCACAUUUGGGAGUGGGGGUCCCUGCUCCUUGUUGCUCUCAGAAAUGUUGGUGGAAUGGAGGCCUUUAGUUCACUUCUCUUCUUGGUGACACUUUGAGCCUCCUUUUGUCUUUUUGUAAAAUUAUUUUACUUUGGAACUAAAUAUCAAUGAAAGUAGUCAGAAAGGAUGCAGGACCACGAGUAGCCUCUGAUCCCCACCCCUGAGCAGUGGAAAGCUUUCGGUUCAUUGUCAGGCAGAUCUAAUCUUCACCCCUGUUCCUUUAGUGCUGACCACCAGCUUUCCUAUCUGUGGGCAUAGACUUCAAAUCUUGAACGUGAGAUUCGUAACCCCCACUCCGCCUUGUGCUGCAGACUGAAGGUCUUGUAGGUUCUCACCACCCAUGAGUCAAGAGAGAACAGACUCAGGGCAGAUGUAGUCAUGAGCAUUUCACAUGCAGAAAAACUCUCCAGGAUAGCCGCCUACAAAGAAUAUGCUGAGCCCUGGUGCCACACCUACGGGGUCUGAGUGUAAAAGGCUGACCGGGCUCACCAGUCCUCAUUGUCUACACGUUAGCUUCAGUGAAACACAGUUACGCAUGUUGAGCCAGCUUCAGAGCUUAGCAGCCCUCAUGCACGAAAUUCUUUAUGAUAUGCUUCACAAUGGUAUUUCAGAGAAGUUGAAUCACUAUAUAUACAUCACUGUGAGUUUUGCAAUUGCAGUCCCUAUUAGUGUCAGAGCAAGGAGACCCUUCUGUAGAUGGCUAGUGACCCAUACUCGGAAUUAGGUAAACUCAACAGGUAAUUCCUACAUGUCUACACGCAGAUGCCUUAGUGCUCACUGCACAGCACAGAAUCAUUUGGUGACAGUGAAUCUGUCCGUGGAGUAGUGGCUUCCUUGAUAACCCGUGAGUCAGCUCACAGAUGAUGUCUCCUGGCUGGCUGUCUCUCAAUACUCUGUUUCAGGUGUUGAGUCUUCAGUGUGGCUUUCUUGAUCACUUCUUGCCUCAAAAGCCAUCAUCCUGGGAAUAACAACAGUCUCCUCCCUCUGUGCUUCUGACUCCAAGUUGUUAUUUUGCAGCCUUUGCUAAUAAUACCUUACCUGAGCAGAUGUGCAGAGGUCCAGAUUUUGCAUUGCUUGUAAAAUGUCCACCAUGUUGGUUUUUUUUUGCAUGAUGGAUUGUAUAGAAAUAUCUGAUUAUAUUCUUAUAGCCAAUAAAGAUGCUUUUAAAGAACCCA